CGUCAGACCUCAUAAGGCGGAAUAUGCCGGAGAACUAUGCAGCUAAAGUCACGGUGGCUGUCACGUCACGCCUAACCUGAAGCCAUACUCAUCUGAGUCCCUCUCGAUAUCCAGCGACUUACGACUAAUGGCUGAAUCCUUGCGUUUUCUCGGCUCCCUCCCCGGCCACAAAGGAUGGGUUACCGCUAUUGCUACCUCCUCGGAGAACCCAGACAUGAUUCUGACGGCUUCCCGAGACAAGACCAUCAUCGUCUGGCAGCUUACUCGUGAUGAAGACACGUACGGCUACCCCAAACGAAUUCUUCAUGGCCACAACCACUUCGUCUCUGACAUCGUCAUCUCUUCCGAUGGACAAUUCGCCCUUUCCUCCUCUUGGGACCACACCCUGCGUCUCUGGGAUCUGAACACUGGUCAGACCACCCGCAGAUUUGUUGGCCACACCUCCGAUGUCUUGUCUGUCAGCUUCAGCGCAGACAACAGACAGAUUGUCUCUGGUUCGCGUGACCGAACAAUCAAACUUUGGAACACUCUUGGAGAGUGCAAGUAUGAUAUCAAGGAUGAUGGUCACACUGAGUGGGUGUCAUGCGUGCGCUUCAGCCCCAACGUCAUGAACCCUGUUAUUGUGUCUUGUGGAUGGGACAAGGUUGUGAAGGUCUGGGAACUCUCCAAGUUCAAAUUAAAGACCAACCACUACGGCCACACCGGCUACAUCAACACUAUCUCUGUCUCUCCUGAUGGUUCCCUUGCUGCAUCAGGUGGCAAGGACGGCAUUACCAUGCUUUGGGACCUGAACGAGGGCAAGCACCUUUACUCGCUUGAGGCUGGUGACAUCGUCAAUGCUCUUGUGUUCUCGCCCAACCGCUACUGGCUAUGCGCUGCCACUGCCAGCUGCGUUAAAAUCUUUGACCUUGAGAGCAAGUCAAUUGUUGACGAGCUCAAGCCCAGCUUCACUGAUGUUGGCCCCAACUCACGGGAACCCGAGUGUGUGUCAAUCGCAUGGUCAGCAGACGGGCAGACGUUGUUUGGUGGAUUCACUGACAACCUUGUUCGUGUCUGGACUGUCACUUCUUAAAAUCUUCCGGGGAAGUCGCGUGGUGGAGGACAGAUUGAGGUUUACCCUACGCAUCGUUUUUACUGUAGCAGGCUGCUUGCAUCUCAAAAAAAAAACAUUGCAUUUCUCAAUUCCUG